AUGCGCAGGCGUAUGUCGCAAAUCACGAGACGAGCUUCUGUGGUUAUAGCCGAUGUCGCGCACAAGGUUGACCCCCUUACGAUUACGCAGGGCAACCCCUUGAACCUUGCAAUCAACGAGAUACGAGGUGUGUCCUCAGCCGGCUACUCCGCACCAGGGCAGUUCGAUGCCCGUCGAUAUUCUUGUGAAGCACCCAGCCUUUCGCCCAUCUCUGAGCCUGAACCUGCGCGGACUUCCGGAGGCUUCUCAGACGAUUCUACUGUUCGCCCAGGGAUGAGUGAGAAGGAAGACGACUACUUCAUUCAGAGACUUGCAAAUCACGACGACAUUGAACGGCUGUCCACCCUCAAACGCAUCCUGUACAGGCUGUGCCCAAUCCUCGUCAUUAUCACCGUUGGAGCCAACUGGAUGUACUUCGUUCUUCGCGUCAAAUUCACCGUAGAUGCGCAGAAUGUUGUGCACGAGGUAUUCUGGAUGGCAUGGGUCUUUAUUAUCGUCGAGCUAUUCGUUUCACUUCCAAUGUUGUUGCAGAGUCUCUGGGGCUGGCAUAUCAUCGGGUUGAGGAAGAGACCGAAACUUCGCUUGGUCGGAGACAACGUCCCAUCGGUUGACGUCGUCAUAACUUGCUGUCGUGAAGAAGAUGAUCUGAUCCUCGACACCGCCAGGGCAGCCUGCAAUAUCGACUAUCCCAGUGAACGGUUUCGAGUCAUUGUCUGUGACGACGGAAGAUCCGAAUCGUUGCGGUCCUCUGUUGAGAAGCUAGCCUUGUCUCAGUUUCCAAACCUCUAUUAUCGCUCAAGGCCCAAAUAUCCCGGCGUCCCACAUCACUUCAAGGCCGGCAAUCUGAACGACGCCCUUGAGGAGACCAAAAAGCUGCCAGGGGGUGCAGCCAAUUUCCUUGCAGCUCUCGAUGCUGACAUGAUUCCCAUGAGAGAUUGGCUUCGGGCGCUCCUGCCUCACAUGCUUCAGGAUCCAAAAUGCUCAAUGGCAUGCCCCCCACAGUUGUUCUACAACGUACCCAAGGACGAUCCUCUCUGCCAAAGCUUGGACACGUUUGUACAUAUCGCGGAGCCCAUCAAGGACUCCCUAGGUGUAGCCUGGUGUACUGGAUCCGGUUACGUACUCAGACGCUCAGCCCUUGCCAUGAUUGGAGGCUUCCCUACCGGAUCUCUCGCUGAAGAUGUCUGCUGUUCGAGCAUGCUUCUUGGCUCAGGCUGGAACACCGCCUUCGUUCACGAGCCACUUCAGUUUGGAACAGUCCCAGAUUCUCUGGUGAGUCAUUUGAAGCAACGUACAAGAUGGACCAUUGGCACCGUCCAAACCGCCUUGAAACUGAGAUUCAGCAUAUGGGGUCCGUUGGUGAAACAUAUGACGCUACCACAGCGACUGUGCGGGUUUGUUUAUACAAUCUCUUCGUUAUUCACGGUCUUCCUCGUAGCGUCCAUGUUCACCGCACCCGUUGUGCUUAUUUCGGGGGGCAAGCUUGUUCCCUAUGCCAACACGGAGCAGCUGCGAUGGCUUGUCCGCUCGGCGUUUCUCAGCAUGGUCUUGAACCGUCUAAAUGAGAUAGUCUCAUUCUUGCCGUCCGGAUAUCGUACCGGGCAGAGGGAUACAAGGGCUCUAUUAUGGAUGUCGCCCUUCCAUGCCAUCUCGGUGAUCCGCACCUUUGUUCUUCCCAAGUGGCUGGGGGGCAAAGUCGCAGUUUUCACAUCGUCUGGUUCACAAAAAGACCAACUCAACGAACGGGAUCCUCGGCUCCGAGCUCCAUUAUGGCGACGUCUUAAAGUCACUAUCUGGGAUUGUCAAUGCUAUCUUCACGUCAUCUACAUCAUGUUCAUCCUUGCCGCAGUUGGCGUCAGCCUCUACUCGAACCUCACUGACCGGCAAAACGACACCACAAAGAAGCUUCUGAUCGACGUGCUGACACACGCGGGCUGGCCUCCAAUCAUCUGGAUGACCUGUGGCCUAGCAUGCUGGGCGCCCAUCAACUACGCCAUCUUUCCGCCUUCUGUCCCGGACAGGGAGGAGUUGUUGGACAGAGAUCCAUACUCUGGAGUUGCCUAUCCCAAGGAAACGGCGAAGAAGACCCAGACUACGUGGGCUGCCUGGUUCUGGGAGGCGCAAUACACUUUCCUCAGUAUCUAUAUGACUGCGGCAUGUGUUCUCUCUUUCUGGUUCUGA